AUGCCCGGAACAACCGACGGCGAUGCGGCGAACGUUUCACCCAUCGAGACGCACCCGGAUCAGGACAGCCCCCUGAAAGUUCAGCCCGCACCUGGACUGAAGGGCCGCGCGGGGGCCCUGAAAUGCGAGUUCGCGCUACGAAGAGAGCAGUCCAUGCCAGCGCGCAGGACGGGGCCCGCAGAGGACGUCGGGCGCGCCGCCGCGGGGCACUUGCUGCUCGGGCGCCCGAACCACGUCGCGUCCGUCGUCCAGAGCGACGCCGGCGCGCAUGAGCGCGCAGGGGCGGCGCGAGGCUCGCUCCCUGGCAACGUAGCCCAGCGGCCGCUGCUCACGCCGCCCAAGGUCACCGGGAGCAGCUGCGCGCCCAUCCAGGACGUGGAGGCCUCGAGCGUGCUCCGCGCCGCGGAGGGCGCCGCCAGCGACAGCGAGCGCGGCCGCGCGGGCCCGCUGGCCCGCAAGUCGGGCGCUGCCGCAGGGGCGAACGCGCGGGGACGGUCCCAGGAGCGCGGCCCGGCGCGCCACAAGGCGCAGGGGCCCUCGGUCCCGCCGCUGCCCGCCGCGAAGGGCAACCGGCACAUGCGCAGCCUCUCGUCGAUCGUCGCCGUCCAGGGCGAGCGCGGGGCGGGGGACUCGGCGUCCGGGAACAAGGCGUCGCCCGUGCCGCUGCUGCUCGCCGAGGGGCUGUCGUACGAGUCGCUGGUGUCCCGGAAGCUCCGGGACGAGUGCGGGCUGCACGGCGGGGACUGGGUGUCGCUGGACAUCCAGUCGGGCGGGCGCGAGGCGGUGCGGACGCCGAUGUCGCCGCCCGGGCCGGGGCGCGAGCUGUACUCGCCGCUGUCGCCGAUGCUGGACAAGCUGGACGACGACGAGAAGUCGCGGUGGAUCGAGGCGCUGAUCGCGGAGGCGGGGGGCGCGGCGGAGGGCGCGACCGAGGGCGGGCUGUCCGAGAGGCUGCGCGCGGCGUACGCGGCGGCCGCGCGGGCGUCGCCCGGGAGCCGCGGCGUGGCGUCUGCGGGGAGCGUGGACGCGUGCCGGGCGAACUCGGGGCAGCAGAGCUGCCGCGGGUGCAGCGGCAACGGCGGCGGCGGCAUGGGCAGCGCGGGGAGCCUCGGAGGGGGCGAGGCGGCGGGGCGGCAGAUGGCCGCGUGA